UCGAAGACGCCGUGACGUUUAGUUUACACGGCGAGUUCUGUAGCGCCUGAGUGGUUUGAGACAAAUUUGAGUGCAUAAACAUGUCCUUGGCGGACGAACUUCUCGCUGAUCUCGAAGAGAACGAUGACUCGGACGUUCCUAUGGAUGAACCGGAGCCGAAAUUUAUCCCGGCUUCGGUCUCCAAAGUCAUCGAAGAAGAGAUCAAGGUUGCUUCUGUGCGGGAACUGGCGAAGUUACGGGAUUCAGAGCAGUUGCAGAAGGUGAUGCUGCAGAUCGAGAAGUACAGCAAAGUACCCAGGAAAUCAGCCGACAUUGUGGGACCUGUAGAGUCCGAUCCAGAGUAUCAAUUGAUAGUCGAAGCUAAUAACAUGGCUGUGGACAUCGACGACGAAAUAGCUACCAUUCAUAGAUUCACGAGGGAUAAGUAUUCCAAGAGGUUCCCAGAGUUGGAGUCUUUGGUAGUCGGACCUUUAGAAUACGUGAUGACCGUUAGGGAAUUGGGCAAUGACUUGGACAGAGCCAAGAAUAACGAGAUUUUGCAACAGUUUCUCACACAGGCGACGAUUAUGGUCGUGUCUGUGACUGCGUCCACCACUCAAGGUCAGUUGCUGACAGAAGAGGAGAAGGAGGCUAUUUGCGAAGCUUGUGACAUGGCGGUAGAACUGAAUAAUUGUAAAUUGAAGAUAUUCGAGUACGUGGAAAGCAGAAUGGCAUUUAUCGCGCCGAAUCUAUCGAUAAUUGUCGGCGCGUCGACGGCCGCUAAGAUUAUGGGUGUUGCGGGUGGUCUGACGAAGCUUUCCAAGAUGCCAGCCUGCAACGUUCUAGUUCUAGGAUCCCAGAAAACCACGCUCUCCGGAUUUUCGCAAGUCACCACUCUGCCCCAUACAGGCUUCAUAUACUAUUCCGAUAUCGUGCAAGAAACGCCGCCCGAUCUGCGGCGGAAAGCGGCGAGGCUGGUGGCCGCUAAGAGCAUGUUGGCGGCCAGGGUGGACGCCUGCCACGAGAGCACGGACGGCCACAUCGGCCAGAUGCUGCGCGAGGAGAUCGAGAAGAAGCUGGACAAGUUGCAGGAGCCGCCGCCCGUAAAAUUCGUGAAGCCGCUGCCGAAGCCGAUCGACCCCGGCCGGAAGAAACGGGGCGGCAAGCGCGUCCGUAAGAUGAAGGAACGCUACGCGAUCACGGAGUUCAGGAAGCACGCCAACAGGAUGAACUUCGCAGACAUCGAGAAUGACGCUUAUCAAGAGGACCUUGGCUACUCGCGAGGUACAAUCGGUAAGGCUGGCACAGGUCGGAUCAGGCUGCCGCAGAUCGACGAGAAGACGAAGGUCAGGAUAUCCAAGACGUUGCAGAAGAACUUACAGAAGCAACAACAAUGGGGAGGCAGUACCACUGUCAAGAAGCAAGUCUCCGGCACCGCUUCCAGCGUAGCUUUCACUCCUCUGCAGGGUCUCGAGAUCGUCAACCCGCAAGCUGCGGAGAAGAAGGUGAACGAGGCGAACGCGAAAUAUUUCUCCAACACAGCUGGCUUCCUGAAAGUCAAGAAGUCAUAGAGGGGAAUUUUCCGAUGUAGAAAUAAGCAAGAGGAGGAGAUAUCGUUGUAUAUUUAUUACUCUGACUAAACUUAGCUACUCUCAGUCAUUCUCUUAUCUUUAGCGUUAUAUAAAAUUUCGAAUUAUUUACGUUAAGACUGAUCAUGUGUGUGGAGGAAACGGAUGAGACAUGUAUAAAAAAAAAUAGAAAGACACUUGGAAGGAAGACGGUUCGUACACAA